UAGGGCUCUGCGGGAGUGGGCGAGUCCCGGCCGCCGGGGGCGGGACCAGGCCGGGGCCGGCGGGCGAGCUCGCGGGCCGGAGCGCAAGGGGUGGGGCGAACCGGUGGCUGCCUAGGUCUGGUCCUAGUUAAGGGUGGCUGGAGGCGCUCGGUUCCCUCGUCCCCGCUAGCACUGGCGGAGUCUGCGCGAUGGGCGACCCGGAAAGGCCGGAAGCGGCCAGGCCCGAGCAGGUUGAGAGGUUAUCUUCAGAUACCAAUGAAGACGAAGAGCCACUCCUAAGGAAGAGUUCUCGCCGGUUUGUCAUCUUUCCAAUUCAGUACCCCGAUAUUUGGAAGAUGUAUAAGCAAGCACAGGCAUCCUUCUGGACUGCAGAAGAGGUUGACUUAUCAAAGGAUCUCCCUCACUGGAACAGGCUCACAUCAGAUGAGAAGUACUUCAUCUCUCACAUCUUAGCCUUUUUUGCAGCCAGUGAUGGAAUUGUAAAUGAAAAUUUGGUGGAACGCUUUAGUCAGGAGGUUCAGGUUCCAGAGGCCCGCUGUUUCUACGGCUUUCAAAUUCUCAUCGAGAAUGUUCACUCAGAGAUGUACAGUUUGCUAAUAGACACUUACAUCAGAGAUCCCAAAAAAAGGGAAUUUUUAUUUAAUGCAAUUGAAACAAUGCCAUAUGUUAAGAAAAAAGCAGAUUGGGCACUGCGAUGGAUAGCAGAUAGAAAAUCUACUUUUGGGGAGAGGGUGGUGGCCUUUGCUGCUGUAGAAGGAAUUUUCUUCUCGGGAUCUUUUGCUGCUAUAUUCUGGCUGAAGAAGAGAGGUCUGAUGCCUGGACUCACUUUUUCCAAUGAACUCAUCAGCAGAGAUGAAGGACUGCACUGUGACUUUGCUUGCUUGAUGUUCCAGUAUUUAGUGAAUAAGCCUUCGGAAGAGCGAGUCCGAGAGAUCAUUGUGAACGCUGUGGAAAUUGAGCAGGAAUUUUUAACAGAAGCCUUGCCUGUCGGCCUCAUUGGGAUGAACUGCAUUUUGAUGAAACAAUACAUUGAGUUUGUAGCAGACAGAUUACUCAUGGAACUUGGAUUCUCAAAGGUCUUUCAGGCAGAAAAUCCCUUUGAUUUCAUGGAAAACAUUUCUUUAGAAGGCAAAACGAAUUUCUUUGAGAAACGGGUUUCAGAGUACCAGCGUUUUGCAGUUAUGGCAGAAACCACAGAUAAUGUCUUCACCUUAGAUGCAGAUUUUUAAAACCCUCUGUAAACCCAUCACUGGGCAGAUAGCAGUAUAUUUUUCCAUGCUUUUUCCCCCACCCCCUAAACAUGAAGUAUCUCUUUAAAGAGGGGGCAUUUAUUUAAAAGGAAAUCCCAAACCAACUUCAGUCAAGUUGGUUUAUAUCAAGAUACUUUUUAUUUUCUUGUAUAACAGCAAGACUGUGACCUACAUGCCUUUGUUUUGUCACCAGAAUGUAAGGUGGUUGGCAGUAUGGGGUGAAGGGUAAGAAAUGAGUUUUGGAUUCUGUGCUUGUUCCUUUGUAUAGCCCUUAGCAAGACUUCAAUAUACUUAUCUUUUAAAUGGGUGUGAUAGUAGGUCCUAAAUGUGCAAUAUAGAUGUGAGAUUAAGAUGGAAAAAUAAGUGUUUUGCCAACUACCACCACACUAUUAUUUAUCAUUAUUAUGAUUGUUAGUAGUGUUAAUUACAGUAAUGUGGCAAAAACGCUAUUACCUCCUUAAAGUAAUCGUGAUUCUAGAUCAUUAGAUCUAGAAUUAAGUCCACCUUUGUACUUUUAAUGUCUGGGAAAAGAAUGUAAGGAUUUCCUUAAAAAGAUGAUAACUCUCAUAAACAUGAAAAUAGACUUUUUUAAUUUCUCGAGAGGAAAUUUAGUUCUUUGUUGCUUUGAGAAGAAUACCAGUGGAGAAUCCAUGACAUUAUCACAGCAAGUGGCCUUGUGGACAUUG